AUAAAAGAGAAGGGAUGGAGAAAAUAGAGCUCGUGUUCUUUCCUGUAUGUGGAGCUGGUCACCUGUUCUCAACGGUUGAGCUCGCGAAGCGAAUUAUCGAUCGAGAUGAUCGUCUCUCCAUUACCGUCCUGUGUAUGCAGCCACCAUCUUCUUGCGGUAUUGACCCUUAUGUCGAAUCGCUUGCUGCCUCUAUCCCUGCCAUCCGUUUCAUUGCUCUGCCUCAGGUCGAUCCACCGUCGCCAGAAGUUUAUACAAGUCCAGAAGGGUUUGCAUCUCUCUUCAUUCAAAGUCACAAACCACACGUUAGGAACGCUCUCACCCAACUUAUAUCGUCCUGUUCGGGUGCUGGUACGGUUCGAGUCGCUGGGUUGGUGAUCGAUUUCUUCUGCACCUCCAUGAUCGAUGUAGCCAACGAGUUCGGCAUCCCUUCGUACUUGUUCUUCUCUUCUACCGCUGGCCUACUGGGUCUUAUGCUCCACCUACCAACACUCGAUACUCAGAUUCCCACUGCCACCGAGUUUAAAGACGCGGACACUGAGUUAAAAUUCCCAACUUUUGUCAACCCAGUUUCUCCAUUCUCCUUGCCUAAGCCCAUAUGGAACGGAAACGAAGAUGGCUAUAAAUGGUUCCUUUAUCACUGCCGCAGGUUCAAGGAAACGAAGGGCAUCAUAAUAAAUACGUUUGACGAGCUUGAAUCCCAUGCCAUUAACUCGCUGUCUGAUGGUCAAACACCGAAGGUUUAUCCGGUUGGGCCGUUGCUUGAUCUUGAGGGUCGGUCGUCGCACUCGCUGUCCCACCCCACCCAGUACAAGGAAAUCAUGAAAUGGCUCGACGAACAGCCUCCGUUGUCGGUGGUGCUCCUGUGCUUCGGCAGCUUGGGCGGCUUUGACAAAGCUCAGGUAAAGGAGAUAGCCAUUGGCCUUGAGCGGAGUGGUCACCGGUUCUUGUGGUCGCUCCGUCAAGCAAGUAAGGAGAAGGGUAUGAUCAUGUCCGGUGCUUAUCCGAAUCCGGAGGAAGUUUUGCCUGAUGGGUUCUUGGAACGAACGGAGGGAAGGGGGAUGAUCCGUGGGUGGGUACCUCAGGUAAAGGUCCUGGCCCACCCAGCCAUCGGAGGGUUCGUAUCUCACUGCGGAUGGAACUCGAUACUGGCGAGUCUAUGGCAUGGUGUACCUCUGGCGACAUGGCCACUCUAUGGGGAGCAGCAUCUAAAUGCGUUUCAGUUGGUAAAGGAAUUGGGGUUGGCGGUGGAGUUGAGGUUGAAAUACAGGAACGGAGUGGAUUUGGCGAGUGCAGAGGAGGUGGAGAGAAGUAUAAGGGCUCUGAUGGUCGGUGACAGUGAGGUGAAAAGAAGGGUUAAAGAGAUGGGAGAGAAGAGUAGAGCGGUUUUCAUUGAAAGUGGGUCUUCAUUUGCUUCAUUAGGACGCCUGAUUGAGGAUCUGAUGCACAACUGAUGGGAGGAGAGCGGAGAAAUCUCUGAAACAGUUCAGUUUUUCAGUCGUCACUGUAGUUGGUUUCCUCCU